AUGGUUUCGAGUCACCACGGUGAAAAAAUGAAAGUGUGUGCGUUGGUGAGUGGAGGCAAAGACUCGUGUUACAAUAUGGUUAAAUGUGUGGAGCAUGGACACGAGAUUGUGUGCUUGGCAAAUUUGAGACCACCCAAUGUUCAAAUUCAGGAAUUGGAUAGUUGGAUGUUUCAAACUGUUGGACACAACGUCAUCUCUGCCAUUGCCGAAUGUAUGAAUCUUCCUCUCUUUGUUGGAGAAUUGAGUGGUUCAUCGGUACAAACUUCUUUGGAAUAUGAUGACUCGAAAAAAGAAUCUCUCACUAACGAUGAAGUUGAAAAUUUAUAUCAAUUAUUGAAACGAGUGAAAGAAGAAAUGCCAGAAGUGAAUGCUGUUUCUUGUGGAGCUAUAUUUUCGGAUUAUCAAAGAAAUCGAGUUGAAAAUGUUUGCUCUCGACUUGGAUUAAUUUCAUUAUGUUUUUUAUGGAGACGUCCUCAGGAAGAAUUACUUAAUGAAAUGAUUCAAGCUGGAAUGAAUUGCAUUCUCAUCAAAACAGCUUCCAUGGGGUUAUUUCCAAAAAAACACCUCGGAAAAACUUUGGCUGAACUUUUACCAACUUUUAUGAAAUUGAAAGAUAGCGCUGGAUUGAAUGUUUGUGGAGAGGGAGGAGAAUAUGAGAGUUUGACACUUGAUUGCCCUCUAUUUUCAAAAAGAAUUGUCAUAGACAAGAAAGAAAUUGUCAUUAAUUCAGAAGAUGACAUGGGAGGUGUUGGUCAUUUAUUCAUUUCAGAAUUUCAUCUCGAAGAAAAACAAAUUUUCACACCUCUUCAAUUUCUCAACAAGAAUGAAAACAUCUCGGCUGAGCAUUCUCAAAUCAAGAUUUUCAUUCCAGAUUAUUCCAUUGAAAAUUCCAUGAAACAAUUUCCUUAUUUAGAACAACUCAUCGACUUGGUUCAAAUUCGCAUGAAAAAAGCCUCCUUAUCAACCACCUCUCAUCUCUACUACGUCACAGCAUGUUGCAACUACAAUGUUGAUGAACAACAACUUCUUGAACUACUCGAAAAGUAUGAUAUUUCUCCUUCUUUGGAAAUGUUCGCCAUUUUUCAAAAACUCGAACGAGAAAUUCCUCAAUUCACUCAACAAAUGCUUCAUUGCGUACUCCAAAUUUCAGACAUGACUCAUUUCAACUCCAUUAAUCAAGCUUAUUGUUAUUUCUUUUUAAAGAGCCAUACAUUGAACAGACCAAGUCGAGUAUGUAUUGCAACUUCCACUCGUCGUCACGAUCAACAACCAAGGAACGAUACAAACCAAUCCAUUCACGAACCAAAACAAAAUUCCAUCCAUAUCGAAUGCUUGAUGGAUUUAUGGAAAUUACCAAAUAUGGGCGUCUUCAAUGAUUCCAAAGAAGGAAAUGAAGUUGAAACAACACACAACCAUCCCUACAUGCACAGCUCCCUCUUUGUCCAAAGCGUUUCCGAAUGGGCUCCAGCCUGCAUUGGUCCUUACGCUCAAGCCAGCGCUCACGAAAAAAUCAUUCGACUUGCUGGACAAAUUCCCUUAAUUCCACACACGAUGGAACUGCGAACUUGUGUGGAAAAGAACAACACUCGUCAAGUAGAAGAAUUUUCUGACAAGAAUGAACCACAAGUAUUGUUAAAGAAUGUGGAAAUACAGAUGGAACAAUGUUUGAAAAAUCUAUCUCAAGUGUUGGAUGGAAUGAGAGAAACUUCAUUGAGAGACUGUUUUCGAAAUUGUGUGUAUGUGAAUGCCACACGAAUGGAGCAAGAAAGUCAACUGCUGAAUACACUUGUUACAAAUUCCAAUAAUAAUGAGAAAAAGACAUUUUCUACGCUGCUGAGACAGAAAGUGAAUGAACGACUGAAUGAAGUGUUGAGAAGGAAGAAUUUGUGUGGUUGGAUGAUGGAGGAAAAGAUGAAUGAUGAUGGAAAAUGGUUCAACAAGAAUGAUCCUUUACGAAAUUUCCAACUUCCUUGUAUGGUAAUGUAUGUGAAGGAUUUACCGCGUGGAGCUCUUGUGGAAAUUCAUAGCUUUGCAUUCAUGAAAAAGUUGCACAUUCCAAGUGAUGAUGAUGAGGAGGAGAAAGAGUUACCGAAACUUGAUGUCAGAGAGGAUGUCUCUUUGGUCUCUGAACCUCAUCAUAGUGGAGAUGUUAGUAGUAGUACUGUAAUUCCAUGGAUGGCAACCAAUAUUCGAGUGUUGAAAGUGACCCCUUCCUUUGUCAUUUCAACCUUCUUAAUACGAAAUGGUAAAUGGAACCAACUGCAGUGUUCGCCAUUCUUAUCAGAAGAAACUACUGAAAUUGCUAUUGAUAGCAUUGAUGCAAAUGCCCUCAAAUCAGUAUUGGCCUUGAAUGAGACAAAGAAGAAACCUUCCAUUAUUCGAGUAUUUUGUACUCAUCCCUCUUUUGUUCAUAGGAUUCAACAAUUAUUGAGUGAUUGGAUUGAUGCAGGUGUGGUACUUUCGCCUUACAUGGUGCAUGCAUUGGCAGAAGAGGAUGCUCUUUGUAGACUUGAAAUGGAAUAUCUUUGA